UUUAGUCAGUGCCUGUUUUUAAAAUGCUGUCCGACUGUAUUUAACAUUUUGUGAAUGUUUUUAGGAAACUUACUUACUGCUAAACAUAUUUUGAGCAGUUUUCCCUGGUUUCAUUUACCCAAGGGAGUGUGUGUUUCCUGAUUUGUAAUGAAAGUGGAGUCAUCCAGCGGAAACGGUCUGAGGAUGUACGCAAACAGAUCUGAACACAGUUCCAGGCGGCAGUACAGCGAGAGAAGUUCACGGCAACGGGAUGAAUAUGACAACAGAUGGGAGAAAAGGCGUGACCCUCCCAGAGACAUGCCACGGGAGUCGUAUCAUAAAUAUGGUGGGGAUGCACGCAGCAGCACAGAGAGGAAAAAAAGUAGGGAGUACAGUGAGUCUCCGAAGAGGCUGUACAGCAAAGAUACACUGAACAGGGACCGGAGCAGGAAGAGCCCGGCGAGGAGACGCAUGUCUUCACCAGUGCGGGACCCCUCUGACAACAAAAAGCAGAGGUUUGCAGAUGACGACGAGCGGGAUUACAGGUACAGGCGUGAGGCUCAGGAGAAAACGUACAGGCCUUCACCGGACAGUUUUUCACGGUCGCAUCUAACCAGGAAUGUUGAAGAUACGUCACCACAAAAUGAGGAUUUCAAGUACAGGAAAACACCUCAGGACUCCAGGCACAGGCCUCUGCACGAGGAGUUCCCAUACAGGCAGCUAAAUGAUGAGUUAACAUACAGACGACUGUCGGGGUCUUACAAAGAUGGAGAUGAAUAUGAGAGGGGCCGGGAUCCAUCACAAGAGAGGGCACGAUCACAGGAGAGGAGUUAUGUCAAUCCCAGAGAGAGGACGGACAGUCCUCUCACUUCUGUAUAUGAUGAGGAUUAUCGCCAAACUGGAACAAGAUUUCCAUUGAAUGGUUCAAACCGACAGUCUUUUGAGAGUGAUGCACCCAGUCGAAGCGCAGCUGUUUCUGAGCAGAAGUCAACCAAAGGCUUCCAGCGUUUCCUCGACGUGCUAAACAAGGGCGUGAAUGUCGACGUUCUCACUAAGAUUGUGACUCAGGCCUCGGACGACGACGAUCAACCCGUUUCUCAAACCUUAUUACCGAGCCCUGCUGAUCAUCUGUGGUCUCCAACUCACAAUGCUGGGAGGAAUCAAGGAAGCCACCAGGAUAACAGCUACUGGAGUGAAAGCGAAAGGUCCCGCAGACCAGUUUCCCCGGAGACUCAUCGAAGGUCCAUCAGCCCAAAACGGUGCCCACUCUCUGAUGAAAAGCCCCUUCAGGGGAAUGAUGGCAGGGAAGCCUACUUCCGCAGCAGAUCCAGGUCCCCCUUGGUGGUGGAAAGGGUGCCGCUGCCACCUGAGGAUGAACACAAGCGUAGGCAAAUGCAGGAUGUGCUGCAGGCCAUUGGCAUGGAUUUGGGAUUUGAAGAGCUUGGCCAAAUGUCUCAUAGAAUCCAGGAGCGGCUGUAUGGAAAGAAGGAUGGUGAUUUGGCUCGGAAAGUUGGGAGGGAGAAGGGCACGAGGCGACCGAUUUCCCCGAGACGUCAAAGUAGAGCAUCAUCAUCAUCGAGCAGAUCUAGUUUUAGCCCCUUAAAUCAGAAUUAUUACAGUAAAAAAGACUCGUACAGUGCAGAGAGGGACGUAACAGAUGUGCAUCAAGUAUACAAAACUGCUGAGUAUGACCAGAAGACGAGCAGCAGCACAGGACAGGACAGUAAGAACUGCGAAGGGAAAUCUCAGGAGAGCGCUGCUGCAUUACAACCAUUUUCUCCUAAUUCCUCAUACCCUUCAUCCAAACCUCCAUCUGCUCCGGUGGUGCCGACGUACCCUCCGGUCAACUGCUCACCGAUGCCAUACCCACCUGUCCCGCCAGCUGUGCCUCCACCAAUGCCCCAUGUUGGGCCGGGGGUUAUUAUGCCACCCUUCGUCCCGUACCCCGGCCCCCCGCCUAUGAACAUGUAUCCAACCAUGCUCCCGCAAGCGAGCCACAUGUUCCCGCAUCACGUUAAUCAUCCACAGCCGCCGUAUUUCAGCCAAUCAAAUGUAAGUGCAGUUCAGCCAGUGAACACAACGCAAAAAUCCAAACCACCGACAAGGCCCCGCUGUUUGCAGGUUAUUCAAACCAAAAAAAAGGCUAGAUAAACGAGGCUGCGCAGGAUGGAAGUGAGACUUUGAAAAUGACUGAUGGAAACAGCUGGGCCUUCAGGGAGUCUAUUUUUAACCACAAAACACGCGUUUGAAGCAUCAGAAAACAUCACAGUGAACAUUUGCAAGCAAUCAGGCCAGCAGCAACUAAGAGAACAACACAAUGACAUUAUCAGCUACUGUAUCGUGAGUUUGAUGACAAACUGUAGGUGGUGCUGCAGCUCUUCUUGAUUCUCGGUCUGCUCUCAUACCCAUCACACAUUCACUAGUCUGCCACAACAUUAAAACUGCCGACAGUGGAAGUAGAAACAGCUCGGGUCCUUGAAUUCACACGGAUGCUAUUUUGACAUUGUUACAGCGUUGAUGCAGACCAGGCAUUGGGCUGAUGGCAGCAGCCUCCUCUUGUAUGGCAGUGCAGCCCGUUAUACUACAACAAGUUAUUAAGCCAGCCUACGAAGCUGGACCACCGUAAUUCUCCGAGGCUCACAGGACCCAAAGGAUCCACUGCAGCGUCCGCUCGGAGGUCCUGCAUGCAUGCCUGGACUCCUCAGGCAGUAUGAAGCAGGUGGUUUUAAUGUUGUUUGGUUGGUGUAGCUUAUAAUAGCCCGGUCAUUCUAGGAAAAAAAUAAAUAAAACAAAUACUGAAAGUACAAAAA